AUGCCUGCAUCCUAUGCUGCCCGGAAGAAGUUUCGCUCGUGCGGCUCCAUUCAAACAGAGCCCAUACGGCUGCUGGACUGGGCAGAGGAGGAUGCCAAGUUGUCAGAGCUCCAAGUCACAGAUCAACCCAGUCUACUUUUCCUUUGCAACGGCAUCACUGGGGAGCGGGUGUCACUGCGUCUUGUCCUGGCCCUUCGGGUGGCUGCGGUAAAGCGCCUGGCAGAGGGCCUUUUCGGCCUCCCUGCAGAGGAGAUGAAACUUUCCUACAAGGGCCGAGUCCUCGGAAAUCGACAAAGCUUGUUGGAUGGCGGAGUGGAAGCACGCCAGUGCAUUCACAUUACGAUCGCUACAGGGGUCGGCCACACACGGCUACUGGAUAUUCUGAUCGAUGCGACUCGGUGCGGUAUCGCUGAGCCCUUGACAAUUCAGGUGAGACCGUGCGAUCUUGUGAUUCAUGCAAAGAAUCAGGUUGCCGAGCUCACAGGCCUGGCACUGGACAGCCAACGCCUGACACUGAGUGGGCACACCCUGGCAAACGAACGACGCCUGUGUGAUUGCGGCAUCCGGGAGAACUCCAUCCUCCAGGUCACCUGCACGAUUGGGGCCGCCAGUGCACCAAAUCCAUCUGUUGCGGUGUCUGGGUGCCGAGCCCCCCGAGCACAGAUGGAUGCCUGCGCAAAGAAGCAUCGCUGCCAAGGCGAAUGGCUUUUCUUGACUAUUCUACAAACAUGGCCACCGCAAUGCAAGAAACGCCUUUGGCUGCAGAAGGCUCGCACCGUUGGUCAACUCAAGGAACGCCUGAAAGAAUUCUUCCAAGUGAGCUCGGACCAGCAAAUCUUGGUUCAUUCCGGGAGAAGACUUCAGAACCACCACACCCUUGAGUAUUACAACUUGGAAGGGGGCGAAUGCAUUCAGCUCAUGGUGCAAGGGGGGCCACGUGUUGCUGCAGGUCCUGUAGCCCUGCGUGCGGAGAGCCCUACAUACGUAACCCUGCCACUGCCACCCAAGCCUGUCACUAAAGAAGCACAGGACUGGGUACCACGUGCUUUGCCCGUGACUGGCUCAACUCCGAGAAGGCUUCUCAAAAACUCCGAUGAAGAGUCUGCAGAAGCCACACAGGCAGAGGGUCCAGUCAGGCCCCUCCAAUUGCAAGAGCCGCAGCAAGACACUGCUGGAGAUGAGCCGGCCCAUGGCGAAGGCGAGCAAGGAGCAGAGACGGAACUCCCGGCGCUGCUUGAGCAGGUGAGCAUGGCCCUGUUGGCCCAUGCCAUGGCGAGGUGA